CAUACCAAUACGUACGCACAAAUGUGUAUCUAAACAUCACAUAGUAUAUAGUUUAUUAUACCAAAUCUUGGAUGAUCAAUUUCUCUCUCUAUUCAUAUCAUCAUCUUAUCUCUCAAGUUCUUGAUUUUGAAUCUUUUAAGUAAUUAAAGAUGGGUAAAGACAAGCACCACGAACAAGACAAAGGAUUCUUCUCACAUCAUAACCAUCACGGACAUGGGUAUCCUCCGGGAGCUUAUCCUCCACCACCUGGAGCUUAUCCUCCACCGGGGGCUUACCCUCCACAAGGUUAUCCUCCGCCACCUCACGGCUAUCCACCGGCCGCUUAUCCACCACCUCCCGGCGCUUAUCCUCCUGCCGGUUAUCCCGGACCCUCCGGUCCUCGUCCAGGUCUUGGAGGAGGAGUCGGGGGAUUGAUAGCAGGAGCGGCAACAGCGGCCGCGGCUGUAAUGGGAGGUCAACACGCAGGUCAUCACGGAGGCUACGGGCACCACGGCCACGGAAAAUACAAAAGAGGGUUUUUUGGAGGAGGAAAGUACAAGCGAGGGAAGCAUAGUAUGUUCGGAGGAGGGAAGUACAAGCGUGGCAAGCACGGCAUGUUCGGUGGCAAACGAGGCAAGCAUGGCAUGUUCGGACGAAGGAAGUGGAAAUGAUUAUUCAUCAUCCAUCUCUACAUAUAUUAUAUCGUAUAUAACAACUUAAUAAUAUUAAGCUUAAUAUAAGUAUGUAUAUACACAUGUGUGUACUGUUUGUAUUUUACAUGUAUCAUCUAUAAAACAUUGAAACUCUUUAAUUUAGUUGAAUUUUGUGUUAAGAAUUUACAUGAUGAAA